AAUAAAUAAAAAUAAGCCACAACCUGGAACGUGCCACACAAGUGACACAACCAAUGAUUCCGCUACAACACGAGGAGGAAAAACAUGAUAAAAUAGUUGGCUGGUGACGCGAUGCUAAACAGGAAGUCUUACAAAAUCACUCUGCAGUUUUCCUUCCAGAGGUUAAGCAUGAGAUCUUGGACCAGGAUUCUUGUGCCACUUGUUAUCAUCGUAUCGUACUAUACUUUCCGUUCAAUAGUCCCUAAACACAUACACAAAAGCGUCCAGAAAAAUGCUACUUAUAGAAUACCAAAACCUCUCACAACCGCCAACCCAUCUUUAACAUACCCAAUGACAAUAGUUGUGUGUGAAGCUGUCGAUGCGAUGGGGAGUAGGACAUCGUCGAAAGUUAUAGUGAAAGACGAUUCGGCACGGUCUUGGUCGAGACAGACCCAGCAGCUCAACACAAUGCUCAAAACACUGCUCUACUUCAGCAAGUCUCCGGUGUGGCAUAUCAUUGUUUUGACUGAUACUCUCGACACUUUUCACAAAGUGCUCAACCUCACCGCCGCCUUCCCCCGCCACCGACUCCUACUUCAGCACCGCCCCGUCUGGCUGCCACAGGAUCAGCCCCUUAUCAAGGAACACUGGCGACCGUGCGCUUGGGCGAAACAGUUCCUGGCGGAGGCGCUGCCAGAACACGAUGCCGUCGUCUACGUGGACACUGACGUGGUGUUUCUAGGUCCUGCCGAGGAGCUGUGGUGGCUGCUACGGUCCAUGGGUCCCCGCCAGGCACUCGCCCUGGCACCGGAGCCUCAGUACCUGUUGGACAGCCCUCGGCACCCCUUCGCGGGCCGUGUAGGGCUAAACACGGGUGUCAUGGCAGCCAAUCUGACGCGUCUGCGGCGGCUCCCUGGAGGGGGCUUGGGCAGCGCUGUACUUCGCUUCGGAGCAGUCACACCACCACCUCGCCACGACCAGGACGCCGUCAACCACUACCUCUUCCACAGACCUCACCUGCUACUUGAAGUGACGUCUCGCUGGAACUUCUUGCCCUCCUCCUGCUUCCCUGAGGCACCACCAUGUGCAGACUGCCUGUCGGCGGGCAUCCUCAUUUUGCAUGGCUCCGAUGCCACAUUUUUCCGGAAUAUUGAUCGAAAAUUUUUGCUUGUGUACAAAACCUUGGCAUCCUUGCAUCUGAGCGGCGACCCUCGGCGCCUCCUGGCGGUGCUCGAGGGGCGCCUGGCGGUGCUGGACUCGUGGAGCCACGACUACUUGUGUAGCAAUUAUACGGACAUCAACAGGGGCAUUACUUUGGGCCUUACGAACACCGCCGUCGCCAAACAAGUGAGUUUUUAAAUUUGCAUCAGUUGAUGAGAGGAUAUUGUUAUGCCGGACGUGUUACUUGGGUUCCGUGUCGCCGUCAGGAGACUCCGUGGGAGGGAGAUAUGUAAACACUUUGCACAGCUUCUGUAGUUUAAUAUUCUUCCUUAGUAGUACACUUCACUUACCAC